UAGACCCAUGAAGGGGAGAGUGGGAGUGCACUGCACCAGGGCACGUGGAGAGAGGACAUCUAUUGUGAAAUGAGAUGCAGCCCUUGAUGUUUAUUUAACUGUAGGUGGGAAGGUAGAGAGACGAGCAUUAGUUUCUAUGUCAGUCUACGUCAGUACCUUUAGGGCGGUCUCCAUCGGUGGCCCUGUAUAUAUAUAUAUAUAUAUAUAUAUGUCUGUACCUCUGUCUCUUAACUAAACAACACCAGCAGAGAGAAACACUGAUCUAACACACUACUGUACACCUCUCAGCUGACAACUCUAUUGUUACAACGAUGCAGGCAGAGGAAUACAAUCGUAGAGGUAAAGAGAUGGUGGAUUACAUCACUAGGUACCUGACCACCAUCAGAGAGAGGAAGGUGACCCCAGGCCCAGAGGUGAAGCCUGGCUAUAUGAAAGAGCUGCUGCCAGACAGCGCCCCCACUGACCCGGAGGACUGGGACUGUAUCUUCAGGGACAUAGAGAAGGUCAUCAUGCCUGGGGUGGUCCACUGGCAGAGCCCCUACAUGCAUGCGUACUAUCCAGCCCUGACCUCCUGGCCCUCCAUGUUAGGAGACAUGUUGGCUGACGCCAUCAACAACAUCGGAUUCACCUGGGUAACUAUAUAUCACCACGUCAAACUUGACUUACACUUAAGCACAGUGAGUGAGAGUAGUCUGGUAGCUCUGUUAGCUGCCAGGAAGCACAGGAUCCAACAGCUGAAGAGGACAGAUCCAGCAGACAGAGACCUGGACGACUCAGUGGUCAACUCCAGACUGGUGGCCUACGCAUCAGACCAGGUCGUAACCAAACCAAAGAUCAUGUUUGUUUGUUUGUUUCAGCUGUGUGCCACUCUGGGGACCACGGGGGUGUGUGCCUUCGACGACCUGUCAGAGCUGGGACCAGUGUGUGCAGAGGAAGGUCUGUGGCUACAUGUGGAUGCAGCGUACGCAGGCUCAGCGUUUCUCUGCCCUGAGCUGAGAGGACCUCUGGGGGGUAUGGAGUACGCCGACUCCUUCGCGUUCAACCCCUCCAAAUGGAUGAUGGUCCACUUCGACUGCACUGCCUUCUGGGUGAAGGACAAGGUCAAGCUCCAACAAACCUUCAGUGUCGACCCUGUCUACCUCAGACACGAAAACUCAGACCAAGCCACCGACUUCAUGCAUUGGCAGAUCCCCCUGAGUCGACGGUUCCGCUCUCUGAAGCUGUGGUUUGUGAUGCGCUGCUUCGGUCUGAAGAACCUUCAGGGACACAUCAGACACGGUGUAGAGAUGGCUAAGCUACUGGAGUCCCUGGUUAGAUGUGACCCUAACUUUGACAUUCCUGCUGAUAGACACCUUGGAUUGGUGGUCUUCUGUCUCAAGGAAGGGAAUGCUCUGACUCAGGAGUUGCUACGGCGACUGACGCGGUCCCGCACCAUGUACCUUGUCCCCGCCGACAUCGAUGGGAAACGCAUCAUCCGCUUCACCGUGACGUCACAGCUGACCACCUCAGAGGACAUCAUCAGGGACUGGGACAUCAUUCGCAAAAUGGCCGCCGACCUUCUGGCCGAGGAGGUCAAAAAACAGGCGGUCAGUAAAAUGGAGGAGCAGCAGUCUCCAGUCAGAAAAACUGUUGAGAAGCUGUCAGAGACAAAUAGUGAUUCGGGGAAUCACACAACAACAGCAGCAGAGGGCUUGGCUGCCUCUCUCAUGACUAGGAAACCAAAGGAGAUUGAAAAGGCCAUCAGUGACACAGAGGACGAACCAAUGAAAACACCGAAAGAGUUGGAGAGCCCGACACAGACCAGUCCCAAGACAGGAUCUAAAGAGCUAGAGGUCGACCCGACACAGACCAGUCCCAAGACAGGAUCUAAAGAGCUAGAGGUCGGCCCGACACAGACCAGUCCCAAGACAGGAUCUAAAGAGCUAGAGGUCGACCCGACACAGACCAGUCCCAAGACAGGAUCUAAAGAGCUAGAGGUCGACCCGACACAGACCAGUCCCAAGACAGGAUCUAAAGAGCUAGAGGUCGGCCCGACACAGACCAGUCCCAAGACAGGAUCCAAAGAGCUAGAGGUCGACCCGACACAGACCAGUCCCAAGACAGGAUCUAAAGAGCUAGAGGUCGGCCCGACACAGACCAGCCCCAAGACAGGACCCAGAGAGCUUGGGACCAACCUGGCCCAGACCAGCCCCAAGACAGGACCCAGAGAGCUUGGGACCAGCCUGGCCCAGACCAGCCAGGACCCAGAGACAGGAGCCAGAGACGGCCCUGAGGAGAUCCCCUGUACUGCUGCCUUCAGAGUUCAGAGGGUCCAACCACAGCUCCGCUUGGACAGUGAUAAGACUGGAUUUAGACCACAACCACCAUUCUGGAUGGAUAAAGAAAAGUCUGGGUCUGAGAACAGGCCGAGGAGGACAGUACGCUCUCUGAGCUGCAGCAGUGAGCCCUUACCUGGCCCCAUUGGGCCCCUGUUUGGUCAUAACACUGACCCCCUUUCUAAGCAUCUCUCUAGCUCUGUCACGGACACGCAGCCUGGACAUAAAGACCCAGACCUCGUCCACCCCCUAAAUGACACCCAGCUCAGACGUCUCUCUUCCAGCCCAAGCCCCUCAGGCCUCUUUCAGAUCCCAGAGUGGCCUUCUCCAACCAAUUCCAACCAGCUGGGAAAACGGGUCCUGAGGAAGCUCACCAAGUUCUACAGCUUGCCCAGUUUCUGCCACCUGUGGGUGCAGUGUGGGCACUACCAGGUGUGCUGCCCUGUCAGGGGACUUCAGAUCGCCCCAAAGCUCAGAUCUCCCCAAAACCCUGGUCCUCCUCUGGGUGUAGGAGACUCCGCCGUUGGUCUUGUUCCCCUGUGACUCCAGUAGAUAACCGCUAACUUUCCUGCUCUACUGUAGCCAAGGUUAGCUCCUGGGUCGUAUUCAUUAGGCACAACAAAUGUUUUGCAAUGGAAAAUGAAAAUUAAUGUUUCUUAUUGUAUAAGACCACCUUGGUCCAAUCCAUUUUCUUCCAUUUGGUGCCUGAUGCAU